AUGGCCUCACCCGGGUGGCCCGAGCCUUCCCACUAUCACCACGGUCUCCCAAUGGAGCGCCGAACAUCGGCUACCCCAUUGCGUAGCGCAUUCCGAAUGGCCGAUCUCACGUCAGGUGAGGGCAUGAUGAAUAUGCCCUGCGGUAACAUGGACCGACAGGAGCAGAUGCCCCUCCCCGACUAUCUUCCUGGAUACGAUGACAACGUCGACCAACUCUGGAUCCCUCAGGAUAUGCCAAAGACAUACCAGGAGCCCCAGUUCCCUUACCAGGCCUCGAUGCCUCAGUACAACCAGAUGGCUCGCAACUACUACCAUCGUCCUCAGCAGGCUGGAUAUCUGCCUGAAUCGGCCUCUAACCCUUGCUUGUCUCGUCCAAUCUUUACCCAACCCACUGAGCGGAUGUCUAAUUCCGCCUCAAUGUCUAAUAUGCUCGGCUGGAUGCCCUCCCACGAGUCCUUGGUACCUCAGACCAUCACACCGGCCCAGGUCCAGCCCUUCCCUUCAGGACCCGUGACCCCUCCUUCUUCGUCUUACUCCGACUUCCCCGCCAACAUCCCAACUUUCAAGACCCACACUCCUUCCACUCCCCACCGAUCGGAAGACUUCCAGCUCUCUCCUGUCUACCGCGAAGGCAUGAUGCAACGUCACCGCCAACCAUCGCGAAAAUCCAGCAAGAAACAACUCCUUCGCUCUAACCUGAGCCUCGAGAACUUGCCAUCAAUCAUUAAGCAAGUGCAAUUCAAGUGCAAGGAGCCUGGCUGCAAGGGGCGGUUCAAGCGCCAGGAGCAUCUCAAGCGACACAUGAAGAGCCACUCCAAGGAAAAGCCUCAUGUUUGCUGGGUUCCAGGUUGCCACCGUGCCUUCUCCCGAAGCGACAACCUCAACGCCCACUACACCAAGACCCACAGCAAGCGGGGCGGUCGGAACCGCUACGUCGCGACCCUCGAUGAGACCAGUCAAGAUUUCGACCCCGACUUCCGUGGCCAGCUUACUCCUGACGGUCGCCCUAUCUACGGCAGCAAGCUUGAAGAUACCAUGCCUGACUGUGGCGAGCUGAGCGUCGAUGGCUGGGAUGAUUAG